AUGUCUACAAUCAAAUUCCAAAUCCAAGAUACACUAACAGUUUUAUGUAAAAAUGUUGAAAAGGGUCAUAAAGUGCUACUAAAUGUCCGGAAGUAUGAUGAAUUAAUAAGCCAACUUAGAGAAGCAUAUCAAGGAGAUUUGAAAGAAGUACGAGAAGACAAAUCAAUGAAUGAGCUUAAAUCAACUCAACGACUUCGACAAAUAAUGGAUAGCACCACUAGCUGGGAAAAGGGGAAAAGGCAUACGAAAAAUUUUUUGACGAUCCUUCUGUCCAAAAAUCGAUCAGCGAGGCAAAUAGGUUGA